GACAGGUUGCCCUGCUGGCAAUCUGAUUAACAAGUAGUGGUGGAGAGGACUAGUGGAGUUGUUGAGUGGACCAAAUCCUUUGUCGGCAAUCCUAUUAAGAGGUAGUAGUAGUGUGCAGUGGAAUAGAGUGGAGUGGAUUAGUGAGGUUGAGGGGACCUGUUGCUCUGUAGACAAUCAUCUUAGUGAAGUGGUCAUAUGACCAGCCCACAUAGCCAGGAUCAGUAUGAACCCCUGUGGGCAGUCACACAGUGGUGGGCUAAGGGGAGACCACACUGACCACAGCACAGAGCACAUCCAAUGAUCAGCAUCUACUUGGAGCCAGUCAAAGGACACUCAUGCCUCUCCGGAAGAAAACCCUCAGAGACGUCUGGACAGACGACCGGUCUCAAGAAAGUCAAGCUAUGUCCACUCCACAUAAGCCAAAGAAGAAGGCCGAGUCAGCCAACCCAGCCACCAAUGGUGCCGAUGCCAAGCCCAAAAAGAGCAAGAACAAGAAGAGCGAAGAGCUGUCUGGAGAAGAGAAUCCUGCUGUUCAAAGUGGGAAAAAGGUCAAGAAAAAGAAACCAGACGGAGAAAAAACAGAAAAGGAAAAAGUGAAAGGGAAAGAGAAAGACGAGCUAAAGAAGAAAACAAAAAGUGUGCCAAAGAAACAGAAAGUCCCCUUUUCUGCUCAAGGUUCAGAUACAGAAGAAGAUGAUGAUGAGGAAGAGACUCCACAAAAGAAGGCAAAGAAAAAGACACCAAAAGAAGGUUCUGACAAAGAUGGCAUGGAGAAGAAAUCCAAAGCGAAAGAUGACAAAGAGUAUGACAAAAAAACGAAGAACGACACCAAGAAAAAGGAACCGGCUUCUCUGUUCUGUGUAAAUGGAGAUAAGGAUAAGUCAGACUCCAAGAGCAAGAAGAAAGCAGCCAAAUCUGAUAGUGAUGACAGUGAACCAGAAACCAAGUCCAGCAAGUCAAAAUCAAAAAAGAAGGAGAACGCCAACCCGGCAUCCAUGUUCGCAGCAGGGGGAGACAAGGACAAGGGUAAAGACAAGAACAAAGACAAGAAGAAAAAGAAAGGCAAGUCCAAAGCAUCAGAGAGUGACGAUUCUGACUCUGAGGCAGAAAAAGGGACAAAAAAGAAAAAGGGAAAAGGGAAGAAGAAGAAGAAGGAGGAGAGGCCUCCAUCCCCGGACAUUGAGUUUGACAGCCUGGAGGAGUUUGUCCUGCAGCCAGCCCAGCAGGGGGUGACGGUCAAAUGCAAGAUGACCCGGGACAAGAGGGGCAUGGACAAAGGCUUGUACCCCACAUAUUAUCUCCACCUCGACAAUGAAAAGAAGGUCUUUCUACUGGCUGGGAGAAAACGAAAGAAAAGCACAACCUCCAAUUACCUUAUCUCCAUUGACCCCACAGACUUGUCUAGGGGUGGAGAAAAUUUCAUUGGAAAGUUGAGGUCCAAUAUGAUGGGCACGAAGUUCACAGUGUUUGACAAUGCUCUGCAUCCAGACAGAGCUCUACCAGACAUGUCCAAUGCUCGCCAAGAACUAGCAGCCAUCAUUUAUGAAACUAAUGUCUUGGGAAUAAAGGGCCCCAGAAGGUUGACCGUCAUCAUCCCAGGGAUGGGCAAGGACAGUGAACGGGUACCCAUCCGACCUCGCAGCGACAACAACGGUUUACUGAUGAAGUUCCAGAACAGAAAGAUGGACAAUCUGAUCGAACUCCACAACAAGACCCCCACGUGGAACGACGACACGGCGUCACAUGUGCUGAACUUCAACGGCAGGGUCACACAGGCCUCCAUCAAGAACUUUCAGAUCAUCCACAGCAAAGAUGAGGCCUAUAUUGUGAUGCAGUUUGGACGAGUAGCAGAUGAUGCUUUCACUCUGGACUAUAGCUACCCCAUGUGUGCGGUGCAGGCCUUUGCCAUCGCUCUAUCCAGCUUUGAUGGCAAAAUAACCUGCGAAUAACAGGAAACUAUGGGCCCCUGUGCCGCCUCAAGCUGCUGCAACUCGUUAUAUUACAGAUGCACACUACCAGAAAGAAGAAUUUCGUUCACCACUCAACAUCAGUGCAAGGUACACAGAAGGAUGGACGUCCUAGACGAGAUGGGAAUCCAAGUGCAUUUGAUAACACAUGGACUGCCUUCUGGGAUUGUUUGGUUUGUUUGCGUCUCAUGCACAGGAGGCUGCUGAGGGGAGGGUGGCUCAUAAUAAUAGCCCGGAACUGAGCUGACGGAAUGGCAUCUUGAUGACAGCUUGGUAAUUAAAUUUUUGCAUCUGAGCUCCUAGAGUGUGCGGCUCUCUUUUAUUUUCAGGAAUGGCAUCAAACACCUGGAAACCAUGUGUUUGAUACCACUCCACUAAUUCCACUCCAGCCAUUACCAUGAGCCAGUCCUCCCAAAUGAAGGCGCCACCAACCUCCUGUGGUCUCAUGAUAAGCAUAAACUUUUCUGGGAACAACGUUACUUUGUCCAUAGGAGAUCCUUGCUGAUGCUGCAUGCAAGGCUGAGCACUUGAAAUGUGGUGUGCUUUGGCACAUACACCAAUUGGGGGAUGAAAGUAACAUUGAAGACUGAAAGCCUAUCUCCCUCCCAUCUACAUCAAGGAUUUUAUAGUAUAGUACAUGUACAAUUCAUUCUGUUGUAUUUCGUUUGGAAGGCAAAACCAAACAUGUGUAAUCUCAAGUCCAUUGGUAGAAAAACUGGGUCUACGUGGACUAAUUUAGGCAUACUUGUUCUUAUUAUCAGUAGGGUUACGCUUGUUUCCAUGCAUUGUGUUAUGUCAGCAUUAUGAAAUUGACCUUAUUUUAGCUCAAUGUGUGCUUAUCAGAUGUCUACUGUAUGUUCAUGUUCGGGAUUUUUAUCACCAAUAUUAUGACCUCCUUAAACAAAUUAGAGGUUUCAUUGUGAACACUUAAGAGGCAGUGGCACAAGGCAAUAUGCUUGUACCAAUUGACUGUCAACAGUCACAAGUAUUUUACUAAUCUCAUUUGCUGUUCUCAUUCCACUCAAGCAACAAUUUUGUUGUUCUGAUACCUGCCUUUUUAUGUUCUCUCUAUGUACAGUUGAAGUCGGAAGUUUACAUACACCUUAGCCAAAUACAUUUAAACUCAGUUUUUCACAAUUCCUGACAUGUAAUCCUAAAAUUCCCUGUUUUAUGUCAGUUAGGAUCACCAUUUUAUCUUGAAUAUGAAAUGUCAGAAUAAUAGAGAAUGAUUUAUUUCAGCUUUUAUUUCUUUCAUCACAUUCCCAGUGGGUCAGAAGUUCAUACACUCAAUUAGUAUUUGUUAGCAUUACCUUUAAAUUGUUUAACUUAGGUCAAACGUUUUGGGUAGCCUUCCACAAUAAGUUGGGUGAAUUUGGGCCCAUUCCUCCUGACAGAGCUGGUGUAACUGAGUUAGAUUUGUAGGCCUCCUUGCUCGCACACACUUUUUCAGUUCUGCCCACAAAUGUUUUAUAGGUUUGAGGUCAGGGCUUUGUGAUUGCCUCUCCAAUACCUUGACUUUGUUAUCCUUAAGCCAUUUUGCCACAACUUUGGAAGUAUGCUUGGGGUCAUUGUCCAUUUGGAAGACCCAUUUGCGACCAAGUUUUAACUUCCUGACUGAUGUCUUGAGAUGUUGCUUCAAUAUAUCCAUAUCUUUCCUCCUUUCAUGAUGCCAUCUAUUGUGUGAAGUGCACCAGUCCCUCCUGCAGCAAAGCACCCCCACAACGCACAAGAUGCGUUCAUCUCUAGUAGACAGAACACGUCUCCUUCCUGAGCGGUAUGGCGGCUGCGUGGUCCCAUGGUGUUUAUACUUGCGUACUAUUAUUUGUAUAGAUGAAAGUGGUACCUUCAGGUGUUUGAACCAGACUUGUGGAGGUCUACAAUUUUUUUUCUGAGGUCUUGGCUGAUUUCUUUUGAUUUUCCCAUGAUGUCAAGCAAAGAGGCACUGAGUUUGAAGGUAGGCCUUGAAAUACAUCCACAGGUACACCUCCAAUUGACUCAAAUUAUGUAAAUUAGCCUAUAAUUUUCUGGAAUUUUCCAAGCUGUUUAAAGACACAGUCAACUUAGUGUAUGUGAACUUCUGACCCACUGGAAUUGUGAUACAGAGAAUUAUAAGUGAAAUAAUCUGUCUAAACAAUUGUUGGAAUAAUGACUUGUGUCAUGCACAAAGUAGAUGUCCUAACCGACUUGCCAAAACUAUAGUUAACAAGAAAUUUGUAGAGUGGUUGAAAAACUAGUUUUAAUGACUCCAACCGAAGUGUAUGUAAACCGAGAACUGUAUGUUCUCUCUUAGGCUAGAUUCUGACUUUGUAUGAAUCAUGUGGACAAGAGACUUAUAUUGACAGCUAUUGACAAACAUAAAGCUCCAUUAUUGUUGUUUUGAUAACGAUUCUUAAUGUAUGAUCAGAAGGUAACAAUGCAUUUCAGUGUCUUGCAAACCAAAGUGCAGGCUUGGAGAUAACAUGCUCAAAUAAAGUAUGACAUGUUUAAAACAUUCUUACAGGAUAAGCAUAUUGUUGCACAAACAAUUUUAUUUACACCUGCUACGUUAGGUUGCACAAAUCCAAAAGAUGACGCUGUAGUUUACUGUGCAUUUGACAGCACUAUACUAGUGUUUACAUUAAAACUAAUUGGAAACUCAAUGCUAACUGUG